GGCAAGAUGGCGACUAUCAUAAAGUUUCCCUCCAAGUUUAGAUUUUUUUGUCAUUGUUUCUUACAUAUUUUAAAAUUAAACUCAACAGCUUUGACACAAUUACCGUAUCUAUGGAUAUAGUGUGUAAUGCAACAGUUGACAUUCAUCAGAAAAGUAGCAGUCCGUCGAUUACUUCGUUGAUAUGAGUCAAUUGCACCAAACACUGCCUUUUCAGGGGCUAUUGCCUUAUUCAUUACAGAUUGUGUCUGCUUUUACGUGGACAAUCAAAGAAACUUGUUAAACAACAAACAUUUUUGAUUCCUGAAAUGCCAGGGCCAUUAAUCUGCUAUGUUUGUGGAAGUGCUGGAGCAGAGACACGUUUGCGGGUUCGGCCGUACGACCAUGAACCGUACUUUCCAUUUUUGGCACAUCACGAGCUGCCGAAGGGUGCCAGGGAUGUGACUCGGGAAGGACUUAUAGACAGCUGUGCAGUGUGUUAUAUGUUCCUCACCCAACAAUGGGACUCGUAUGAAAGGUCUAAGACUCCCGCUGUAAAACGAUUGUAUUGGUUGAAACGCUCAGACAAUGGCAGUUUUACUGGAGCCGAGAUGCGCAUACAAGGAGAGUACAUUGCUCAAGUUAUGGGAUUGCAAUAUCCGCCUGGUGUUGAUGAUCGUGGAUCACCAGACCAGGCUGCUGAUGGUGAAUUAUUCAAUAAUAGCAAAGUGAGUGUUUCAAACUACAGCUCUCAUGAUAGUAAGAAAAACAACGAACAGGAUAAAUCAAACAAAAUCUCUGCUCUAGAUCUUUCAAAUCCCAAGAAAGUUGUGGACAAAAAUGAAGCUAACAAAUGCCCUGUUGAGUCAUCAGUGUCUGCCAUCUGCUUUGUUUGUGGUAAUGUUUAUUCACAUACAAAUUAUAAUUAUCUGAAUGUGUUUGACCACGGAACAGGUGAGCCAUAUUUUCCUGCACUUGAAAGAGUAGAACCCUGCCCAGGAGCUGAAUAUAUGUCAAGGAGUGGUCGAGUGAAAAGCUGCACUAACUGCAAAAAUGUUCUUUUUCAACAGUGGCAGGCAUAUGAAAUGACGGGAACCCCACUGCCUUUAAGGGCAUUCAAGUUUUUGCGGGAAGACAGAAUCGAUAAACAAGAGGCUGAAGUCAAGACAGAGAAAUAUGCUGCUAAUGAAGAUGUUUCAACAUAUCAUUGCUACAUUUGUGGAAGUCCAUACAUAGCUGAUCACAUUCGUCUUCUUCACACCCUUCCUCCAAAGAGGCCUUCCUUAAACUCCAUGUUUUUUCCUUUUGUAAGAGACUUAAAAAGACCAUCUGGAGCUGAGCCCCUCCGCUCAGACGGUACUGUGAUUGUUUGCAUACAAUGUAAUGGGCAUCUUAGCUGUCAGUGGGAGUUUCAAGAAAAAGAAGGUGUGAAUGUCUAUAACAGGCAAUAUUCUUUAAAUUUCCUGAUGGAUAAAUCUGACCCCGCUAGGCAAUUUUCAUCCAGAGCAACGAAAAAUCAUGAUCUUGGUGAAGGAGUUGAACCUUUGAAUAUUAACACUUCUUCUUCAGGCUCUACACCUAAAAUUUCAGAACCAGGAUUAGCACAUGGACUCUUGGCCAUAGCGUCUGACAAUAACUCUUCCCUUAGACCAUGCUCAAGGAGUCCUGAUAUGUCCUGUAGUCCUGUUAAAAAUUGCGAUAGCAUUGUAAACUCUCAUGCUUCCACAACUGCUGAUGCCAACACGACUAGCAGCAACUUCAAGACUGUGCCUCAUCCACUUCAACAGGUGACAGAAAUACCUCAUAAAGUUUGUUUCUUGUGUGCCCAGGAAUGUUUGAUUUUCAAAAUGAAGCUAACGAGUUCCUAUCCGACAAAACAUGAAGCCAAACAUAUUAAUGCUCAAGUAGAACCUUUCUUUCCCUUCCUGGCUAAUUGCUCACCAGCAACGGGUGCUGAACCCCUCACAGAAGAAGGAUGUGCUAUUUUAUGCAAGUUGUGCUACUAUAACCUUCUACGACAGUGGCAGGAGUACGAACAGUCCAGCAAUCCAGCAGACAGUAACCGUUGGCUACGAAAAUAUUGUCUGCCUGACUAUGUUUGCUACAUUUGUGCGGGAGUUAAUGAGCGAAAGUACAUGAGAAGCAUUGUGGUGAAGAAUUUUAACUUCCUGAAUGACUUCACAGCUCCUGUUGGUGCUAUGAAGAUUGACGAAGGGGAAAGGGUUGUAGCGUGUAAAACAUGCGCGUACAGCUUGAUGCAGCAGUUCACCGAGUUCGAACGUAUGGGCGUACCACAGGCACAGAGGAAGUUUAACUGGAAGAAAUCUAAUCUCUCUGAAUACGUUGACAAGCAAAACAGAAGUUCUGGACCGCAGUUUUACCCUGGUCAGCCCGUGGUCACUUCAAGCACUACAAGCAUGGAAUCAGCAGAUAAAAGAAAGGACCAAGGUGGAUUGGGUUCUAAGGCUCCGCCUCUCAACCUGAUGAACUCUCCCGGAUCGAAGGGCGCACGCAACACGGCCACUGUGUCACCUCUGCACCAUGUGACCUCACCGUCCAAUGGCGUGAGCUCCGUGGGCAGUAACGCUGCCCUGAACAUGUCCAGGUCACAGUCAAGUUUUGCAGCUGCUCUCAGGAAGUUGGCCAAUCAGGCGAAAGAUCCGCCCGAAGACAGCCCAAAGACCACCACCGCCUCAAGCCCCCGGGUUGCUAGUACCAAGAGUGGCCCCCCACCCCUGAUGUACACAUCGACAACCUUGACCUCUCCCCCGGUGGUUACCAUAGCGCCCACACAGUCUCACACCAGCCUGCUGGCCAGUGACAACAGACCAUCCAUGGAUCGUCUCCACAGUAAUUCGUCCCACUAUGAGACAGGGGGAGGUAAACAUGAGCGGCAGCAAUCGUCUGCGUCAAAGGACGAUGAUCGGUCCAUGAGGGGAGACAGCCACUCUCAGUCUGCCCGCAACAGGUACAGUCAUACAGGGCAUUCAGACAACCACUCUCAGUCUGCCCGCAACAGAAUGACGCCGCACUCAACCCCGGGAGCUGGUUCUCCACUUUCUGGACGCGAGGAGUUGAUGGGGCGAGGGUUCCAGCCAUACCGCCCCGGUGAUGAGUUCCGGCCACCCCUCUCGACCUCGCUGGCACUAGACCAGGCUGCUGCUGCAGCCGCAGCAGCGUACUCCUACCCCGCCUUCCUGCCACCACACGCUUUUCCCCACCCAGCCUUCAGGUUUGAUGAUCCGUUGUUGAUGGAGCGGUACCGUAUGAUGCAGAGUCCGUAUAUGCCCUACCACCAGGGGAUGCUGCCCCACCCCAGCCUGCACCCCCUUCUGGCUGCUGGAACCCGAUACCCGGCCGACAUGUUCCCGCCACAUUUCCCGAGCCCGUUCUCUGCACAGACCAUGAGGCUGCCCGAACACAGGUCACCUGGCAUGAUGGCUGAAAGGCAAGAAGAAAAGCAGCGUGAGCUAGAGCGUGAGAGAGAACGUGAGAAGGAGGCGGCCCAGCGAGAGCGGCACCGCGCUGCCGAGCGUGAGGCUGAGAAACAGCGGGAACGGGAGCGGCUGGCACAGAGGGAGUCACGCCCCACCGACCUCACCAAAGAGAGGGAGUUACGCCCUACAGACCUCACUAGAGAGAAAGUGGAGACAACCUCUACAGGUUCAAAGUUCAGCAAUGUGGUGCCAGGGUCAAGUAAAGGGCUCGGGAUAGCCGACCGCUACCCACGUGUAUCGACCUCCGGGUCUGCUCGCAGGGAUGAUAGAAGGUCCUCCACCUCUAAAGAUGAAUACUCUGUCCCCGGCAGUAGACCGUCCUCACAUAGGAGCUCCCAAGAUGAAAGUGAAAAGCGUUUUUCCCUUCUGAACACACUCCAUGAAACUCAAAGGUCACGACAAAGAUCGGUAGACGAGACCAGUGGGCGGGCCAGUAAAACCCAGGAGACGGGCUUGUUCAGACCGUUUGAUUCUCAAGUUGUAAACGGUUACGAUGCUCACAGUGACCAGAGAGGUCGCGAGAAAGAACGGUACUCUUCAAAUUCCAAAUCGGAAUCGACUGUUAGACUCUCUGAUCAGAAGUACAAUCAGUCUUUGCAACAAAAUUCAGACUUGCAUUCGUCUAGUGCUUUUCAUUCAAUAAACAGCCAUAUGGUUAAAUCUGAAACAAACUCGAUCUCACAGUUACAUUCUACUAUCGGCAAGGAAGCAGCGACCAUGGGGGAGGGGUCGAGCUACCCGGCCCCUCUCAAUGUACCCACUUAUAGCUCGUCCUUGCUGCAGUCUCAUUUCCAUGGCAAUACCCCCAUCAUGGCCGCCAGCAUGCUCAGAUCAACAGAGUCAGAAUCUCAGAACUGCGUCAGUAAACUGGAUCUGGAUGAACGGCGAAAAAGCGAAUCCUACGGCGAGAAACCCUAUUGCAGUGAUAGUGAGUGUGAGUCUAAUGGGAGUGAAGGGCAUGAUAGAAAGACUUUGAUUUCUUCUGGACCCCCUUUGAAGCUUGAUACUUCACCGAAGAAAAUCAAGUUGUUUUCAGAGCUGGGACUGACCACGUACUCGCAGAAGAAAGACGCAGAUUUUGAGAAAUGGCGAAAGAGACGACGGAAAAUGCGUGAACGUAGUGUGAGCCCAGUUUCUGUCCAGUCCAACCCACCAACGCCGUUGAAAACCUUGUAUGCGGCAGAGGACCUUUGCAGGGAACCGGAAUACAAACUGAAAUGUCAGUUUUUGUCACAACAUCUCUUCUUGGAACCUGUAACCACAGAAACUAGAAAGAUCAAAGAGACAAUACUACAGGCAGUUGUGGAAGAUAAAUCCAGACGACUCAGUGUCAGCCUCUCAAAACCAGAGACUCCAUCUUUACCGCAGUCAAUGCCCUCGACAAGCGAGGCACGCGUUAGCGUCAAGCGGAAACUUGAAAGUGACAUUGAUGACGUGUUCAAUUUCUCAUCUCAAGACUCUAAUGGGCUUGAGAGAGUUCCAUUUGUCCGUCAGCUCAGCAAUGGCCCAAGUUCCAGCGUUGUGAAGCUGCCGCACAGUCUGUCUGCCGAGAAUUUGGAUCGUCGGAAGUCUGAGCAUGGCUUGCACAGGCAUCAGCGACCCAACUCGCUGAGCAGGAACUUUGCACAGGAGUUCCAUGAAUCAGUGUUGCUGUCGACCCGACAGAAAGAGUUGAGCAGAUCUAGUGGGGAGAGCAGCCGUGCACUGAGUGAUUUGUCUCCCAUGUCUGGUAGCCAGCCACGCAUGUCUCCAUGGCAACCAGACACCUACGAAUGGCCGGGGGUGGAGACUGUUAUGGAGUCUUACCUGAGACACACAAGAGAGGAGAGGCUGGAGCACCAGAUGUUACUUGAGCGUAACCGGCAGCUUAGGGGAGACAACAUGCAACUGAACCUGGUAGCGGCACAGCUCAGUCAGCGUAUGGAGGAUUUAUUGCGAAACAAGGGCCAACUGGACGAGUUGAGGUCCUACAACCAGGAACGCAUAGACUCCAUUAAAUCAUCAAUAAGAAAACUCAAAUAAUGAUAAUAGCAGCUUAUUAUAUGGAAAUGUGAACAUUAUUGUUAAAACUUAAUUGUCAUCUUUUUGGGGAUUGUUCAGAAAUAAGCGUGUGCAACAAGACAGGCUUAAUAGUGGGCAAGAAGGUACGCCACCCUAUGUUUGGUUCACCUUUUCAAAAGCCUCAAAUUUUGAUAGCAGCUAUUUUAAGGAAUUGUUAAUGUUUUUUUAAAAAACAGCAAUUGAGUGACCAUCUUUGUUCCAAAUAGAAGAAAAAGCAAACAAACAUCUGCUCUCACUCUAAAUGCUAUUUUUUCAAGAACUCAGACAUAAAUAUGGAAUGUAAAUGUUAAAGCCAUAGCUGAACACUAAUACAGUUAUUAAUGACAUCUCUCCAAAAUGACACCUCUGACAUUGAGAAGUUUAAAGGAAAAAUGACCAAGUACUCUUUUAUAUUUAACAAGUUCCGUUCUUAGCAAAAUGAAGUUUUUUUGUGCAUUACAUUUUGUGUAUUUAAAAGAAAUUGUAUUUUUUGGUUUAAUCUUAAAUUUGUGAUUUUUUUUACUUGAAUGUUUGUUGGGCAUUUGCUUAUUUGGUUAAGGGGAGUGGCACAAAUCCAGGAAAAUUAGUGUUCAAUGAUUAAUAUUGUGUUUACAGUUAUAAAAGUUGAAAACAUGCGUUUUCUUCCAUUUGGCGAGGAGGAGGUUUUCAUUGUAUAACUCAAGUUUGAAAAGUUCUCAACAAACAGAAACAAAUUACUUGAAACAGACAAUAGUAAAUCAUCAGCAUAUUUUCACAAAUUAUGUUGUCUUGUGUUUGAUCAAUUUGUUUUUACUAUUCAGUGAUGUUGUCUUCAUGUUCGUAAUUAUGCAUAGAUAGGAUUUUUAUAACAAAACUUAACUCGAUCAGUAAGGCUCAUGAUAUUCUGUGUUGUUAUUUUGUUGGUGUGCAAUAUGUUUUUGUUUGUUGAUGAUUGCAGAUCACAAUUUUCUUUGCUCUCAGAAAAUUGAUAGACCAAAGUUGUUGUUCUAAGUUGUGUAAGAUUGUGGCUUUUAAUAUUAUAUUGAAAUGUCUGUGAAAUGUUUAAAAUACUGUCUUGCUUAUAUAAAUUUAUAUAUUACUGUAAAUCACUUUUAUAAAUGCAGGCGUUGUUGUUGCUUCUUUAUUGAGCAAAUGUUUAUGGAUUUGGUCUAUAUAAUAGAUACAAAUUUAUAACUUGUUAGACAAAAUGUUGAACAACAAUUACUUAUUUCUCAUAAAUGAUUAAUUGUAUAAUUCUAGCUUGAAUAGUAUAACUAUUGUACUGUAUGUAGGGACUUUUAUUGUGCUUUUGUAAUGUACAACAUCAAGGUGUAACUGGCUAAAAAAAUUAUAUAUCUAUUAAUAAAUGUAUGUGUAAUGUUUGCAAUUAUUUGGGUGGUUAAGAAUUAAGGCAGCUAGGUUUUCUCCAGAUCUUUUUAUGUUUAAUGUAUGUUUAUGAUGUUGACGAUAUUUGAUUACUUUUCUGGUGCUUUGCUCAUGUAUUACAUACAUUGACUUACAAUGGCAGUGAAUUAUGUGCUAUUGAAACAUGCGUUUUUGUUUGAUCUUUGCUUAGUAAUUGUUAGUGAUUUGUUUAUGAAUUGGUUGGAAAUUGUACUUGUAAAAAAAUCAGGAUUGAAAAUUUUUGAUCUUGGACCAAUAGUUUCAAAUCUUUUAUCAAAGUGGUAUUAGUAUUUAUGGUUUAAGUUUUGAUUUGCUGCUAUAAAUAGGGAGUAUUGCAUCACUGUAGUAUUAUGUUGCAUUUUAUCAAGCGAGUUUAUUGCCUGAUGUUGUAUUCCACAUGUCUGUAAGGCAGACAUUUUUAAUACUGCUUAAAGAAUAAAGAUUUAUCACAUGCCAUACCCUGUUUCCCAUUUAAUAUAACCAUUACGAAUAUUUUUAUCUUACACAUGUGUAAUAUACUUUUUAAGCGUUUUCCUUGGCUUAGUUUUUGUUUGAUUGACCAAUCGCAUUUUGUUAUUUUGCUGAAAUGACGUUGCAACGUCAAAUGACGUCACAAAAUGUAAACAACAUUCGGGAUCUAUCAUUAUGUUUGCGUAUAUAUUUAUUUAAUUUGCUCAUUAAAAAGCAUGUGAUAAAAAAGAUCUGACACUCGUUGUCAUAUCAUACAAUAUUUUAUUAAACUCGUCCAGGCAAUUAGUUAGUUAGCUCGCCAAAGGCUCGCUUACCAACAAAAUAUGAUAUGACAACUCGUGCCAGAUCCUAUAUAUCUGUAACUAAUAUUCAAUAGACAAUAAACCCUACAACAGUUUGUGAAAUAAAACAAUACUUCUAUUUUAGCUUAAAAACAAUUAGUUUUCAACUGCAAUUAAAUGACAAAAAUUAAUAUUGAUAAGCCUGCUGGAAACAGUCUUCAUAACAUUUGAACUAUAUAUUUAUACACAUUAAAUUUAUUUGAAAUUUCGAAACGAGAUUCCAGACUGACAUGCAAGGUAAUAAUUAUCACACAAGUUUGAUUUGAAAUUUUAUAUCCAGUUAACCCUUCCCCACUCAAAAGCAAAGUGAAAUGGCUAUGUGCAAACAGCAUAAAACCAGAACAGCCUGCGAGUAACUCACAGUCUGUUCAGGUUUUAUUUUGUUUGCUGCUCAUCAGUAUCUUAGGGUUGGACAUGAAACCUUUAAAACUUGUAUCUAGUCAAAAAGGUCUUAAAUUAAAUGUAACUUUCUAAGGGACUACAAAUGCAUAAAAAUACGUAUCUAAGUGGUAAAGGGAUAACAAAUAUUGGUGUGCACGUCGGACUUGUUGAACUUGCUAGAUUGUUUAUUUGUGUGCUCAUGGACUACUGUACUUUUUAAGGUGGAGCAGGAACUAUUAUGUCUACUAAAACUUUUCUAUAUAUUUGUCCAAAUGUACCCUCAUUCCUCCAUAGAUUAGGAGUAGGGCUCUGGUAAAAUGGACCUUAAUGCAUUUCCGUAAAGUUAAGUCCCAGUUAAGCCAUACACUCCACUAGACUGUUUUCAUUGGUACAAGUGAUCAUAACAUAAUAUGUGUCAUGUUUAAAAACUUUUGAUACCGGUUAUAUUAAUGUUGUCAGUUUGUGUAUUCGAAUAGUGAAGUACAGUUUUUUAAAUUUAUAUUAUCCAUCACAUUUUAUCGGUACAGGUUUAUGCAUGUUUUGUGAGGUAUUUGGAUGUGCGUUGUACAUAGGUGCAUAAAUAUAAGUAAUCAUGUAUUGAUUUGUUUUUAAACUUCUAAAUCCAUGCUUUAAACAUCAUGAAUAUUUUGUGGAAAUGAUCUUGUGGCCUAGUUAGAUUAUAACUACUUGGUACAAAGAAUCUUGGAGUUAUGGACCUUGAAAUAUCAUAAAUUGGCGCUGCAAUGGUUUUUGGUUCUCUAACAGUCUUUCUUGAUUUUCAUCAGACUUUGUGAAACUUUGUGGGCAUUAUAUCUCAGUGAAUUUCAAUGACCGAUGAAAUUGACUGUGUGUAAAGAUAACUAUUGGUAUAAAAGCUGAUCUUCAUUAGUAUUGUGCCCCUACCAGUUUAAUCCGAGAAGACUGUAUUUUUACUACCGGUCUGUCAUGCAUGUUAUUUCAUUUUUACCUUUAGACAAAUCUGAAUUUUGCAAUAUAUAAAAAAGUGCUUAAGCUAGGUGUAUGAAACUAGGUAUGUUGAUAGAGCACCAGAUGGGAAAUAUGAACAUUAUUUCUUCUUUAUUUUCAUGGAACAAUUAUGGUUGCUAUGGUUUCAUUUUGUGGUUAGAGUGCCAUAUUUUGAAUAUGCAUGUAAUUUCAGUUUUUCAUGUCCAUCACGUCUGUUUUGUUAUUAAAAAAACCCUGGAUACAGCGAUAACUCAAAACAUAUUUAAGUUCAUUCGAAUAAACUUAUAACACGGAUAUAGGUCAAACGAGGAAGAUGCAGAAUAAAACAGUUUUUUUGUUAAUUAAGAAAGUGAUAAUUAAAAUCUGGAUCUUUUGACAACUCAACAAAUUGUGGUUGCUAUAGUUACAGAAAUAAUUGAAAAGCAACAUUUGCAUCAUGCUUUAAUGAAAAAAUAUUUAAACAAGGUUAAUGAAACUUAUGAAGAUCAUUUUCAUACUCUGAAAACACUUACAAGGUGGGGUGCUUCUGUUUUGUCAGUGACAAAGCCUUGUUAUUUAGAUUUUAUGUUAGUUAAUUGCUUAAUGUAAUCUUCCUUGAACCUGAACCAGAUUGAUCAUAAGAGGUUGAGAUAAAGUGGUCUUUGUCCAUAGAUAUUUGCUUCUUUAUUUCCGCUUACCAUUAAAAGUGUGAAGUUACAUGUGAAACAUAUGUACCCAGUCUCCGCUAUUUUUAUGCUUGAGGAUAUAUUUUUUUUAAUCUGAUGUUCCUCUGCCUCAACAUGUGAUGCAAUAGUACAUAGUGCAUACAUGUAUUACUUCGUUGUUAUCCUAAAGGAGCAGGAUUUUUAUCUUAAUUUGCGAUUUUUACCUGUUUACAGUAUUCAGCAUAUGUUUCUAGUUUAAUAUAUAUCAUGAUCUUGCUGAAGGUGUUUGAUGUAUUUGCUUGUAAACCCUUUCCCACUCAGAAGCAAAGUGAAAAUGACUAUGUGCAAACAGCAUAAAACCAGAAAGCCUGCAAGUAACUGGCAGUCUGUUCAGGUUUUAUGCUGUUUGCUGCUCAUCAGUUUGGGGAUGAAGCCUUAAAACUUGAAUCUAGUAAGAAAGGUCAUACAUUAAAUGCGUAAAAAUAUGUAUCUAAGUGGGAAAGGGAUAAUAAUGCUUUUGACGAAGUGUUGUCAUCACGUCAGUAAUUGAUUGAAAUAAAUUAUAGGAUGUGUAUGAACUGUUAAAUAGGACAUAUUCUUUGUAGAAAUAUUGUUAUUAUAUAGCUAUAUGUAUCAUCCAAUUAGCUUUCCUCAGUCAAACCAUGUGAUUGUCCAAUAGUUAACCACAUUAGGCGGCGCCUAAUAGGCGCGCAUGCAUCAAGUCACAUGUCUGUUCAGGUUUUAUGCUGUUUGCUGCUCAUUAUUAUGUAAGGGUUGAAAAUGAAGACUUUAAAACUUGAAUCUAGUAAGAAAGGUCUUUAAUAAAAUGUAACUUUCUAAGGGACUACAGAUGCGUAAAAAUUCGUAUCUAAGUGGUAAAGGGUUAAAUACUUAUCUAAGUGGAAGAGGGUUAAAUACGUAUCUAAGAGUUAGUGGAAAAGGGUUACAAUAACAUCAGUGACUUUGCUCUCGUAAAAAUUGUAUACAGCUGUUGCCACACAAUGUUAUUAGACGACACAAACGCUCCCAUUUGUUGGUGGAUUAUACAUUGUGAUGUCUUAUUGAACAUUUACAAAAUUACUAAACUAAUGUAAUCAGUAUGAAAAGGUAUUGUGGAUAGUAAUGCGAUGUAUUUUGACCUGCAUACUGCUGGCCACUCACUUCUGGUGGGCCCAUCUGCUUGUCCAAUAUGUAUGUCAGCUAUGUACUUGUCCAAUUAUGUCAUCCUUUAUUUUACACAACACUGGUAAUUAACCUAUUACUGAUUAAUGAUUUAUUAAUAUCACUUGUGCUAUUGUGUGUUGUUAAAACAACUUUUUCUUAUUGCUUUAUUGUGUAACUAUUGCUUUGUUUAUAUAGGUAGAUGUUUUAUGUACGAGUGUCUCCAUUAAGGUAUAUAGAGUGAAUGUCAGAGUCAGUGACAUAUAUUUAUCAUCAUAUUGUACAGUGAACUGCCGGUCCUGUUACUGAUUGUGAAGAAAUACAUUUUAUGACAAAAUC